AUGGAGCUCCUGCACCAACACAGUGCUUGCGCCGAUCGCAUCGGAUCCAGUCCCUGCGCGCAAGGAUCGGCGCAAGCCACGGACAGCCGUACCAAGCUGCCCAACGCCCGCAACUCCUCCCCUCGCGGGCACAGCCAACACGGGUGCCAGCAGUUCUGCGAGCCGAUCAGCAGCAUCGAGACAUUCAUCCCGAGGGCCGCCUUCCAUGGAAUUCCCGCGGGAGAGCGCCGUGUGCCCGUAUACCUGGAUCAGGUGGACAACCCCACGCAGGAGGAGCAGGAGGCGGCGCUCAGGCACGUGGUGUCGGUGACCCCCCCUCCGUGUGGCAACCUGUUGACUUUCGUUGACCUGUCAGAUGUGGACGUGCAGCGAGUGGCAAGAGAGGUGGUGACGAGUGCCAAUGAGAGACAGCGCUCCACUACUGCUGAUCUCAGUGCGGGAGGCACAGGUGGUGGCACAUCAGUGGCAGUGGUGGGGUGGUGGAGGAUCAACUAUAGCGUGACUGUAACAGCAGCGGUGGAUGCUGAAGCUGCAGCAACACUGCUGACUGCGCCUGGAACCAAAGCCAAGGCAGCAGGUGAGGGGGCAGUAGAGGAGGGGGGGGCAAGGAAGCAAGUGGUGGUGGUGAAGUUGUUGGUGUGGCAGCCGGUGCCCUUCACUGCUCACCACCUGGCUGAAUUCAUUUUGCUGGAUGGGGAAGGUGGUGAGGCGAAGGGAGAGGCAGAGGGCUUUGCGUCCAUUGACUGUGCACCCCCACCCCCCGGUCACAUCCUCCUUGCUAACUGCACGACAGUGCACAAGGCUGGCUAUUCUUCUGUAGCUGCACCGGUAGGAUUUGUAAGAUUGCUUCAUGUGCUUGUCUCCCUUGGCCUCGUGCUGGCUCUCCUGUAG